UUUUUUUUUCACCGUCUCCUUCUAAGUUACGUCUGCUCGCCGGAGCGCUUAUGUUUGUGGAUCUACUUUCAGCGUAUUGUUCUGUAAUUACAGUUUCAUGGUUCUAUAAUUUAACUGUGUUUGGUAGCUGUAAAGAACGCCUUUUUCCGUUGUACUUGACAGGCGUCGGACAGCUGCGGGAGUUCGUCUGUGCUCCCUCCAAAAACACCCGACCGGUAGUCACCCUAUAAAACUGAGUGACCCGAGGUUGAAGCGGUAGGCUAUGUGCGGGUCCUGUUUUUAGUAUCAUCGACCUACAGCGCGCAGAAAGCUGCUCAAACUCUACAGCCGAAGCUCUUUAUGUGAAUUCACGAACAUGGGUGAUCUAGAUGUGGAUCUCGAUGGAAUAUUUAAAGAGAAUGACACAUUUCCUGAGGAGGACUAUGAGUAUGAGUAUCCAGGGGAUGAGUCUUUUGUGAAAAGAGGCAGUGAGGCAGUGUGGGUCCCUGCUCUGUACUCCAUAGUCUUUGUUGUUGGAAUCCUGGGAAAUAUUAUUCUCCUGACAGUUCUGGUUCAAAAGAGGAGACUGUGGAGCCUAUCGGACACCUUUAUUCUCCACCUGAGUAUCGCGGACAUCCUCCUCCUGUUAAUGCUGCCCUUCUGGGCUGCACAGACAAGUCAGCCUUGUGACUGGUCCUUGGGCAUUUUCAGCCAGAUCUUUGGAGUCGUUUUCAAGCUCAACUACUACUGUGGAAUCUUUCUGCUGUUUUGCAUCAGUCUUCAAAACUACCUCUCUGCCAUCCAUGGCAUCCAGUUGUAUUCCCACGAGAAGCCCUUCUUUGUUCACAUCAGCUGCCUGUCAGUCUGGCUUAUCUCUGUCAUCCUCACCGUACCUGACUGGAUUUCCCCAGGGGCUAAAAAGGACUCCACAGAAGAGAAAACAUGUGUUCACAUCUACCCUCAAUCUGGAACUGACUGGCAGUUGUGGUCACGCCUGUUUCACCACAUAUUUGGGUUGGUGCUACCUGCAUUCAUGCUGAUGAUCUUCUCACAUAUGCUAUGGCGGCAGUGCAGCUCUAAUGGGGCCCGAAUGCCGAGAAAUGUCACCGUCAUCCUGUCUCUGGUGGUCGUAUUCUGUGUGUGUUGGAUGCCGUACAACUUCAUAUUUUUUUUGGACACUGUCCAGAACAGACUUCAGAAACAUCCUGAUGAUUUACAUAAAAGCUCUGAAGGUUCACUAAAAACCCUUCUCAUGGGCACCUCUGCGUUAGGCUGCCUUCACGCCAGCCUGAGGCCUCUGCUGUAUCUCGGCCUGUGUGGAAACUUCAGGCAACACUUACUGGCCAUGCUGAGAUGUAAUAAAACUGAACCAGAAGGCUCACUCUGGGAUCUUGGUGUAGGCCAGAGACAGCAGCCUGAUCACGGUCAGGUUCAGCAGGAAGAGCUGAAACAGAUGACGGAUGCAGAGAAUCCGUUAGCUUAGUGAAGAUGAACAUACUCUCUUGCGACUCAAGUGUGAGAUGAGCAACUUUACACUCCUGAGAGGAAGUGAAUUCAGUUUCAUGUCAUGAGUUGAUGGGGUGGAGGACUUGUUUCUGCGUAACUGACAAGCAGAUGUUUAUAUAUAAAAAUGACUCUCACAUUCCACACAUGCAUCAUGGUGACAUAUGCUCACCCAAAAGGGUUUAAACAGAUGUCUGUAUUUUAUUUUUGAAUUAUUUAAAAUGAAGGUAUUUAGUUUUUUAUGAUUAGUAAACCAUUUGUGUUGCCAAUUAACAGUUUUCAACACAGUUUUCGUAAAGUUAAUAUCAUAAUCUUUGAAAUUCAGUGUAAUGCAAGUUGUUACCUUUGGCAGUGUUAUUGACAUCGUAUGUUAAACAGUCCCAAACAGUUUAUAACUUUAACACCAUUAAAACAAUUCAGUGUUUAAGCUUUCUCUCUUGUGCUCUCUUUGACUUGUCUUGAAGCAGUAAAUCCCGAGAUUGCGUAAUGACAUGUCAGCGUGUGAUUGCUUUGCAGUUAAGGAAUUUCCCCUCAAGCCAGUUUACUUAACUUAAAAAAAUCAUUGUUUCUGGGAAUGUACAAAUGUGACACAGGAAGAAAAGAAAAAAGUGGUGAUGUCAUCAGUCAGGUGACAGAGCGCGGUGGAGGAGGGGUGCUGCACCCUUUUCGUAGCUUUCUAUUUACAGUCAUCUGAAGACGUGUCUGUGUUUAGUAGGAAGAACUGUGUGAGGCUUUGUGAACAGAGCCAGCUGACAGAAAACCAGCAGACCAGUAUGUGGGAGAAGAACGCACGUUAGAGAAGAUAAAAACUUAUUGUGAUGAUAAUAGUGUUGUGCUGCACACACACACAAAAGCCUGUGGUUUUAUGCUUUCACACUGCUCAGCACGUCGUGACCUGCCAUGCUUGCUUGGUUUCAAAUCCUAACAAUCUUGAGAAAUGUAACUAUGUUCAGAAAUAAAUGUACUUUCGGUACUGAGUGUUCUUCUGAAAACAGUGCAGUAAUUUCACACUUGAAAAUAUUCAGUUUCCUCGUUUCGACGCACUCCUUCCUCUGUUUAGUGUUUUGUGACUCCAGAGAGUCUGUAAGAGCGCAUGAUGCAAUAAAAGAAAUGGUGGCUGUCGAAAGCAGCAGAAACAUU